CAAAUCGAAAUUAGAAUCAUUCUUCCAGAACAAGUUGGAUAGAUCGUUUGACAUUCUCUGUGCAUUUGGACGAAAAUUGGUGACCAUGAAGAUUGGGGACUUGAGUGUUUUCUGCCGGCUUUGUUUGAUGCCGCUCGUUGAUGGAUCGUACAUUGAUUGUGCACUUGCCGACAAUUCCGAGUUAAAAGACUCCAUCAAAACGGUUUACAACAUCGAUAUCAACGCUGUCGAUGAAUUUUCAACAAAGGUCUGCCUGAUGUGCUGCGACGUGUUGAUGUACAACACGAUCCAUUAUCAUCGCGCCGUCGAAGCACAGAAAAGUUUGACUCGUGUUCAACGCAUCAAAAACAAGCUACGGAAAUUGGGAAAGAAGAAAUCCGAGAAGAAGAGCGAAAAACAACCAUUGCCCGACCCGCCGAUCAUCGAUGUUGAGAUGAUUGAAGUCGAACCGAUUUCUGCAAAACUAGUGCCAGUGGAUGAUUGUGAAAUGGAAGUAUCGGGUGAGAUGAUCAAUGCCGGCACAAGCAGCGCAUUUUCCAAUCCCGGCGCGGAUCCGCCGCCGUUCUUUGCGAAUCUCACCAGUUUCGAGCAAAUGAAUCAAUGGCCAGCAGCCAAUCAACAGAUACCGACGGCAAACUUGCAUGUAUGGAACUGUCAAAUCCCUGAAUUGGUUUACGCUGAAAAUGGCAAUUACAUCAAACCAUCGGAAUUUAACCAGCCACCACCGAAACGAUCCAUCGAUGCCAGCAACAAGAACGUGAAGCAAUCGCCUUCGUUUUUUCAGCUGGCCAAAACAUUCUGCGGUAACAUAAUGAAAAAGAACAGAUCCAGCGUCGAAUUUGGUUUGGACGAAAUCACCAAUCAAAUGGCCUCACUCCAAGUCACCGCAUAAGAAUUUCAUUUUUGAUUGAUUUUUAAAUGACAACGAUAAAAAAACACAUUUCAACCCGUUUCCAUAGAGAGAAUAAUGGCAUUUUUUCUACUCAUGAACACAUCGGAUUAUAUUGAAGUGAUAAAUUUAGCAUUUAAUCCGGUCUUUCAAUACAAAGUACUUAAUUUAGUUGCUAAUCGUUUCGAUGCAAAUACCGUUAGAUCAAAGAAAUUAAAUUAUUUUUAAAAAUAGAGUAAUUUUCUGAAUGGUCUAUAUAGUCAAUUCAAUAAAAAACCAUAAAAUUUCCGUGGUAUUUCAAUAAAUGCAUGCAAGUGCACAUGAAUCGGA